CGGAUUCUCUUGCUGUCUAUAACCUCGCCUUUUGAGGCUUCGCAGCCACGCAAUUGCUGUUGAUUUUUCUCAUUGUUGCCAGAAAAACCUGAGACACUAGGCGCGCCCGCAGUCGCAGAACAAUUAAUCUUUCAAUUGAUCAAUUCGUCGCCUCUUUCCAGCCUUGCAACCAUUCGGCGAUGACACGCGCGGUGAAGGUAGAGCUUAGCGAAUAUGAGCGCAAGCGACAGGAGCAGAUCGCUAAAAACAAGGCUUUGUUUGAUAGUCUUGCGCUCGACGCGUUACAGUCUGGUCUAGCUCCGGCGGCAGCGAAGAAAACCGCAGCGUCAACGGGCAGACCCAAGUCGAAACCAAAGCCAAAAGUGAAAGAUGAAGUAGUUCCAAGAAGGACAUCAUCACGCUUGCGAGGCAUCGAAGCGGACAGCGAGGUGGCGAAGCGAAAAGCGGAAGAAGAGCGGCAGCUCAUGGAAGCAGAGCACCGUGCGAAGAGACAGAGAGUUAGUGGCGAUCUUCAUGCAAAGGAUAUAUUAGUGUCAGGAAAGGACUGGGACAUGCACGGAAACUUCCUAUCGGUCGUUGGCCCUGCACGACCUUAUGAGCGCACGUUCGGCGAGCAGGACAUCAAGGAGACGACAAACAAGGAGUUACGGGAACUGCGCGAGCGCAUGAGCGGCCUGCAACUGUGGGAGAAUGUCGAGCCGAGCCAGAUCAAAAUCACACCGGAGCGAAUCUACGCCCUCACCCUACACCCAACUCAAGAAAAGGCGCUCGUCUUUGCGGGUGACAAGAUAGGUAAUCUCGGGAUUUUUGAUAGCGAACAGUCCAAGGACGGCAUCAAAAAGGAGCAGGCCGAGGAUGAAGAAGAGCUGAAUGACAGCUUCGAACCGGCUAUCACGACUCUGAAACCACAUGCUCGCACGAUAUCUUCCUUUGCCCAAAGUCCCGCAGAAUCCAACGCGCUCUACAUGUCCUCCUAUGACUCCUCAAUACGGAAGCUGGACCUUGCAAAGGGUGUUGCUGUCGAGGUGUAUGCACCCGAAGAUAUCUCUCUCGACGAGCCACUCUCCGGUGUUCAACUCAGCGCCAAAGAUCCUCACAUGCUGCACUUCACCACGCUUUCGGGCAUCUUUGGCAUGCACGACAUGCGCACACGAAACUCCUCGCAAACUUUUCGGCUGUCCGAAAAGAAGAUCGGCGGCUUCUCCCUACACCCGGCGCACCCGCAUUACAUCGCCACGGCUUCUUUGGAUCGCUAUCUGAAGCUCUGGGACCUGCGCAAGAUCACCGGGAAAGGCGAAUCGAGGCUCCCUGCGUUGGUGGGCGAGCAUGAGAGCAGACUAAGCGUCAGUCAUGCAGCUUUCAACGCCGCGGGACAGGUCGCUACUGCGAGUUAUGACGAUACCGUUAAAAUAUAUGACUUCUCCGGGUGUGGCGCUUGGGAGGUUGGCAAGACGCUUUCGGAAGACGAGAUGAAACCAACAAAGGUGGUUCCGCAUAAUAAUCAAACAGGGCGAUGGGUCACGAUUCUUCGAGCGCAAUGGCAGCUCCAGCCUGCGGACGGCAUACAACGCUUCUGCAUCGGCAAUAUGAACCGAUUUGUUGAUAUAUACACUUCGCAAGGCGAACAGUUGGCCCAACUUGGCGGCGACGGCAUUACCGCCGUGCCUGCUGUUGCACAAUUUCACCAAACCCAGGACUGGGUCGCUGCAGGCACAGCGAGCGGAAAGCUAUGUUUAUGGAUGUGAAUGUGCACACGUCAUCAAAAGCAAACCAAAGCGUUCAGAACUUGAGCUACUUUUUGACUGGCUACGAUCUACUCAAUCGCGAUACCUAUGCGUGGUCUUUGUGUUUGCUGAUCAUUUGCCAACACUCCUGCAACCCAUACGACGCCCUGUGUUUUCGCGUUACCUUACACUAAAUGUCCUGGGACAGCCAACGCCAAUCUAUGUUAAACUGGUGAGACCUUUCGCAACCUAAGCAUCACCUUUCCGCUGCGUCUCAUUGCGCAGGACUCGAUGUCGGGAGAGCAACUGUGAGAUUACAAAGUGGCUUACAUCCUCCUCAGCCCAAUAGGAAAGGUGCGAUGCAAUGCCAGCCAGCAAUGACAAGUCAAAGGCUCCCCUAUGAAGCAGUUAGCUGGCCUGCAUGCUCUGGAUUCCUUACUACUGUACGACGGACUUACUCUUGAAUGCUAUAGUCUACUCGCCCAUUGCUAUUCAACGCUCGCACUUUUGCUUCCUCUCUCUUCAGCUUUCGAGCCUGCUCUUCAAUGUCGCGACGCUGGUCGUCUCUUUCCAGAGGGUUUGAUGAUGUGACGCUCUGCUUCUUGAAGCCGGAGUACAGCGUCUCGAUUUCGUCGUCCAGAAGUGUGGGUGGAUGCUGCCCGUCUUCCCCAGUCCGGACCGUCAGGUCGCCCCGGAUAAGCUUUUCUGCGUCGCUAGAUGCAAAAGGUCCGGACUGCUGAGCCACAUUGCCAGCUCCAUUCGCACUUGUAUUUGUAGCCUGAUUUCGCGAUGAUGCUUUGCCCUGCUGGCUCUUCGUUGGGUCAUCAGCUGAUAUUCCCAGGCUCCG